AUGAGUGGGCAGGCCGCUCAAGAUCAGCAGCAGCUGCAGCAGCAGCAGGCCGCGGCCGAAGUUGUCGUCGCGUCGCCGCUGCCCGCUGCCGCCGAAUCGAAAGAUAUUCCAACCACCAAGGAGACUACCAAAUCUUCAGAAGGCGCCAUGAGUGGUUUUGCCAAUUAUUUCCGCCUUCUCUUCUAUGCCGAGCCCGCGUUUCUCGAUAUUGCCCUGCUUAUAGUCGGAGUCCUGUCGGGAUGUGCAUCCGGUGUUCCUUUUCCCCUGGUCGGAAUCAUCUUUGGUCAGCUCUUGGAUAGCCUCAACUCUGCAACUUGUGCCGCAGAGGAAGAAACCGACGCCGAACAAUACCAGGAAGGCAUCAACUCCAAGGUUCUAAUCGUUGUCUACCUCGCCAUUGCCCAGUUUGUCUUGAUCUACCUCUACAUUGUCAGCUGGAACCUGUUCGGCAACCGUCUGGCCCAUCGCCUCAGGGCAAAGUACUUUAGAUCACUGUUGAAACAGGAAGUUUCGUACUUUGACAAGAGGCCCGCUGGAGAUGUCUCGUCGCGACUCACUGCCGACAUUGCCACUAUCCAGAAUGGCACAUCGGAAAAGGUUGGCGUCGUCCUCGGCGUUUCCUCCAUGUUUGUGACGGCCUACAUCGUUGCCUUUGUCAAGUACGCAAAGCUUGCUGGUAUUCUUGCCUCUCUCCUCCCAGCAUUCAUGUGCAUGGGCUACUUUGGUGGCAAAUUCAUUGGCAAGUACUCCAAGCGUGUGCAAAAGCACCUGGCUGAGGCUGCAUCUGUGGCCCAGGAAGGCCUUUCAAACAUCAUGGUCGUGCAAGCUUUCAGGGCCAACGACAGAAUGGAAAAAAGAUUUACCGAGAAACUCAGCCUGGCGCAGAAGGAUGGUAUCAAGAAGGGCAUUGCCACUGCACUUCAGGCCGGCUGUCUGUACUUCCUUGCAUACUCGGCCAAUGGAUUGGCAUAUUGGCAAGGAAGUCAGGCCAUUGCUGAUGUGGUCAGUGGCAAGCUUACAGGCAUGAGCGUUGGUACCACCUAUACGAUCAUUUUUGUCGUCGUGGACGGUACGCUUGUGUUGAGUCAAAUGGCCCCUUUCAUCCAGAUCUUCGCAUCUGCCACAGCAUCGUUUGAGAGAUUGAGGGAGGAUAUCGACCGUCAAUCUCAGAUUGAUGGCACCAUUGAGGCUCCGCCAACUGCUGGUCCGCCUUGUGAGGGAGACUUCAAGCUCGAAAAUGUUGCCUUCAGCUAUCCUUCUCGGCCCGAUGUUCCAGUCAUCCGCGGCGUAUCGCUUCACUUUCCUGCCGGAAAGCGCACGGCCGUCGUCGGUCUAUCUGGUAGCGGCAAAUCUACUCUGGCCGGCCUGCUUACUCGACUUUACGAUCCCGAUGAGGGCUCCAUUUACUUGGACGGAAAGAACCUCCGUGAAAUGAACGUGCGAGAAUUGAGAAGCCACAUCGGUUUGGUCCAACAAGACCCUCUCCUGCUGGACCGGUCGAUUCUGGAGAAUAUUGCCCUUGGUUUGUUCAACUCGUCACGGCCCGAGCAUGACGUCUUUCAACCCCUAUUGCUUGGCGACACAUUUGCAAAGAUUGCAGAGGACGCUCGAAAUGGACAGGAUCUUGAUGCAGCUGCUACUGCUCAAGGUCCACUCGCCAAGCAGGUCGUUGAUAUGGUCCAGCACGCCGCAGCUAUGGCUGAUGCAGGCAUUUUCUUGGGAACCUUGGAAUACGGCUUGGCAACCAAUGUGGGCUCUAGUGGAGAUCUUCUCAGCGGUGGCCAGAAACAAAGAGUUGCACUCGCUCGAGCUCUUGUCAAGGACCCCCGGAUUUUGGUUUUGGAUGAAGCAACGUCGUCACUUGACUCAGCUAGUGAGAUGAGAAUUCAAAAGGCGGUUGAGGAGGCUACUGUUGGUAGAACCGUCGUCUCCAUCGCUCACAGACUAGCUACUGUCAAGACGGCUGACAACAUUAUUGUUAUGCGUAACGGUCGCGUUAUUGAGCAGGGAACACACUCGGAUCUCUUGGCCAAGGACGCCGACUAUGCUGCACUUGUGCGUUUACAAAAUGUAGGCUCAGAGACAUCCAGCAUUCGUACCGCCGUGCCGUCUCGAGGAAGCGAUGAGGUGGGCUCCAAGACGGACGGCUUUGCCACCAAGGAAGUCGAUGUCUCCUCGAACAAGACAGCCGAUGACGACGCAGCCGACGACGCAGCCCCCGAAAAGAAGGAAAUCAGAUCAACGAGAACAGCCUGGACAAACAUCAAGACCUUCCUUUACUACGCACGCCCCUAUAUCCUGUUUGCAAUCUUGGCCCUUACAGGAUCCACCAUGAUCGGUGGUGCAUACUCUGGUUCGGCUUCCAUCUUUGGCCACACUGUCGGCGCACUGAGCCCUUGCAAUGAUGAGAGCUACAUUAGAUCAAAGGGAAGCUUUUUCGGACUGAUGUUCUUCGUUCUCGCCAUCAUUGAGUUUUGUGCCAGUCUUAUGAGUUGGUCUUGUUUCGGCUACGUCGCCGAAAAGGUCCUGUUCAGCAUUCGAACGUUAUCGAUGCGGUCUCUAAUGGAGCAAGAUGUCCAAUGGCACCAGUCGGAAGGAAGAACCCCGUCAACCCUGCUCAACUACAUCACGGCUGAUUCCAACGCGCUCGGCUCCCUGACCGGUUCGAUUAUUGGUACCUUGUUCUCGAUCUGCGUCAACUUCCUCGUCGCUGUGACCCUGUCACAUGUCCUUGCUUGGAGAAUUGCCCUUGUGUGUUUGGCAGUCGUCCCCAUCAUGCUUGGUGCCGGUGUUAUGCAAAUGAGAUUGCAUCACAAGUUUGCCAGGAAGCAUGAAACGGCAUUUGCCAAGUCAGUAGGCAUCACUGUCGAGGCAGUGACAUCAAUCAAGACUGUGGCGGCCCUUUCCCUGGAACGAGAGGUCGAGGCAACAUACUGGCGAUCUCUCAAGCAUCCCAGACAGGAUUACCUGCGCACCAGUCUGUGGGCCAACCUGUUCCUUGCUGUUACCUACGCUGUUGCGAACCUGAUCUACUCGCUCGCGUACUGGUGGGGUUCGAGACAGAUUAUUGAAGGACACAACACUCAGACAGAAUUCUUCAUCGUUCUCGUCGCACUGCUGAUCAGUGCUCAGCAAUGGGGUGAGCUUUUCACCUUGGCGCCAGAGGUAGGCAAUGCCGGUAGAGCCGCAGGCCGCAUAUUUGACUUGAUCGACCAAGGUUCAAGCAAGGAUGUGGCUAAGAAGCCGUCGGCCGAGAAGGAUCCCGAGGCUGCUGUCGAGAUGAAGAAUGUCCAGCCUCAUAUUGAGGGUGGUAUGAGUGUCAAGUUCAAUCAACUCGUCUUCUCGUACCCUGCACGCCCGAACCGACAAGUACUAAAGGGUCUGGAUAUCGAGAUCAAGCCGGGACAAUUCUGUGCCCUCGUUGGUCCCAGUGGAGCAGGAAAGUCGACCAUCAUCUCACUCAUGGAGCGCAUGUACCACCCAGAGUCGGGAAAGAUUGAAGUCGAUGGUGUCGACAUCGCCGCCAGGGAGGAGCCCGUGUUCAGAGACGACAUUGGACUUGUGCCACAAGACAACAUUCUUUUCGACGGUACCCUGCGAUUCAACGUGGGACUGGGUGCCCGGCCAGAUCAUGAACCAACAGAUGCCGAGAUUGAGCAGGCGUGUAAGUUGGCCAACAUCCAUGACACCAUCAUGGCAUUGCCCGAUGGCUACGAGACCCAGGUCGGUCCCAGUGGUGGUCAGCUGUCUGGAGGUCAGAAGCAGCGACUAUCCAUUGCCAGAGCAUUGGUUCGACAGCCGCGACUUUUGCUACUAGAUGAAUCGACUAGUGCUCUGGACGCCGAGUCUGAGCGGUUGCUCCAAGACGGUUUAGAGCGCGCCACCAAGGGUAUCACGGUGAUCGCCAUUGCUCACAGGCUGCACACGAUCCGUAGGGCCGAUGUGAUCUUCAUGAUCGAGGACGGAAGGUGUGUGGACAAGGGAAGUCACGAGGAGUUGCUACAGAGGAGUGAGAGCUAUAAGGUGAACGUCUUGCAUCAAACACUGGGAUGA